AGCACUUCAUGACCAGACGGUUCUGACCUCUGACCAUUCAAAACACUGACAUGAUUGUGACACCGACGUAGAUCAAUUUAGAUCAACCUUACUUGUGUAAGACUAACUCUUUACUCAGGUCACUGACCAAUACAUUUAGUCCGAUUUCAGACUCGACUGUCGAAGAUCGAUCUCCCCUAUUAAACCUGCUAACUGAAAGCUGAAGAUCGAGUCAUUGAUUUGUACUUCAAAGUAGAAUCGAGAUACUCAUCAGAAACACAUACAGGGUGUAAAUACUGCGGGUUGCCUGUUGAGUUGGCUCUUCUCGUAUGUAGUUUUACGAUUACGAUGGCUACGCGGAGACUUGCUGUAAAUCUCUACUAUGAUGUCACCUCACCUUAUACCUGGCUAGCUUUCGAGGUUUUGUGCCGCUAUCGUAAACCAUGGCAGAUGGACUUGAAACUUCAGCCGGUAUUCCUGGGCGGUAUCAUGCAUGCUACAGGUAACCAACCACCUGGUCUUCUCCAGCAGCGCGGUGAAUACAUGGUUAAGGACUUGAAACGACUCGCUGAAUACAUGGACAUCCCGCUCAAAACGAAUCCAGAGUGCUGGCAGUACAUCAUUACGAAAGGAACUCUAACUGCUCAGCGUUUCCUGACUGCCGUUGACCAGGAGUGUCCUCAGCAUCUCGAGGAAGUAUCCAGACAGCUAUGGAUUAGGCUUUGGUCAAAUGGCAAGGAGAUUCACGAGGAACAGACAUUUCACGAGAUCUGCAGCAAGGCAGGGGUCAGCCACGGCACUGCACAGAAGCUGUGCGAGCUAGCCAAAACAGCAGAGGUCAAGGACAAGCUCAAGGCAGCCACGCAAGAAAUCGUUGAGAUUGGUGCGUAUGGCUUACCGGCCUACACAACCCAGCUGCCGCAGUUCAACAAGCCACAGCUGUUCUUUGGCAGUGAUAGACUGGAGUUGUUUGCACACUGUGUUGGCAAGCCAUGGCUGGGACCUCGACCGGAGCAGCAGUCUUCAAAGUUGUAGUGCAUGCUAUGCUGUUGCUGAGUGGACUAUGCUCUGUCUAGACUUUGCUAUGUAUGCUGUUGCUGAGUAGACUGCUAUGUAUGCUGCUGCCAUUGGGCUCACGCCUUUCACGGUCUGACUGAUUGAGUGGCAGCAAUUCCAAGACAGACACGAACUGUUGCAAAGCAACUGUAUCAGCUGUAUCAUGACAAAACAGUGAACGUCAUCCUCUUAAUACUAGGCUGUGGAAAUUGCGUAUACUCUGUGCCUUUGGCCUGCUUUGAGGAAGCUGCGGUGCUAAAAAGUAACAAUAUAAUUAUGUCACUGCCAGCAUUGACCUUUGAAGUCUCAUCAUGUUACGUUGUUAUUCACUUUUUCAAAAGUUGUGUCAUGAGAUGUUUUGAUAGCAAAACCAUGAUUACUUGCUUGCAUUAUUCAGAAGCAGGUAGCUCGAUAAUUUAGCUCUUUUCAUUGAUUUCUGUGUAAUUUUCUGACAUUACUGCUCAGGGAAGGUUUUAGAUGACGUUUUUAGACUUUUUAUUUGAAGUAGGCUCAUUCCUAUAUUUACCAACGGCAAAAUUCAGUAUCACCGUGGCCAAAAACUUUUGUUUCAUGUUAAAAAAUAACACUGUUAAAACUACUCCAGAA